GAAGGCAUUGAUACUGCGAGAGUAGAGAAACGAAAGAGCCGCGCGGAGGCUCUGGUGCCGAGUGCCCUGCUCGGACAAAAAAUGCCUACGAAUGAUCCUUCCUCUGGUGUUUCAAAUUGCUAUGUAUUCAAAAGCCGAUUACAGGAGUAUGCACAAAAGUUUAAGCUUCCAACGCCAGUGUACGAGACUAUAAAAGAAGGCCCCUCACAUGAACCCUGCUUCAGAUCGGCGGUAAUAGUGGAUGGCAUCAGAUAUGAUUCAUUGCCCGGAUUUUUCAACCGCAAAGCUGCUGAACAGUCAGCUGCUGAGGUUGCACUCUCGGAAUUAUCAAAAUCCAGUGAGCUAAGCGAAUGUGUUUCUCAACCCGUUCAUGAAACAGGCUUAUGCAAGAAUCUACUUCAAGAGUUUGCUCAGAAGAUGAACUACGCCAUCCCGUUGUAUCAAUGCCAAAAGAAUGAAGCGUCCGGGGGUACGCCCUUCACAUGUACCGUUGAAAUCGGAGGCAUUAAGUAUAUAGGGGCUGCAGCAAGAACUAAAAAGGAAGCUGAGCUCAGUGCUGCUAAAACCGCUCUGUUAGCCAUUCAGAUAGAUUCUAACAUUAACCUUGGAGACACUCAGCUUACAGUACGUCCAUUUCGGAAGAGGACAGCAGAGCAAGCAACCCCCGUUAAGGAAACGGUCAGUGCCCCGAAACCCAAAAAGGGUCGGUACAAAAACAAGUUCAGGAAACCGAAGAACCGUUCUGUCUGCAACAAAAGCAGUGGGAAUGAUCUGAAUCAAAGAGAAGCUGCAGCUACUGAAGGUACCGAUAAUUGCCAAACCAAUCUCUCGGUUGCGUUGAAUUCUUCAAGAGAGAGUAUCGAGACGCCGUCAAAUGUAGGAGUGUCGACAUGUGUGGAUGGAUUUAAGGAUUCAUUUGGGAGUGUAGAGGCAUGAUUCUCCAAAGCUAUUAGUUGGAGAAAUGCCAUAGAAAUGGCGCCUUCCCUUUGUGUGUGAGAGUGACUGAUUAGUAAUGAGAGAUAUGAUGUAGUAUUGAUU